AAUUGGAUAGUACUUUGCAGAGUAGCCAAUACCAUGGCGAGUUAGGGAAUCAAACUGCGAACUUUGAGACGUAGUUAACUUUGGUGCUACUGAACUUCAUAACUUAAUUUACCGAGAAAGACAGUAACAAAUUUCGUCGAUCAAUAAUUUGUACAUACAGGAAGGCCCUACACAGAGUCUUGUGAACGACAAAGAUCAAGUACAGUAUGUAUACUACAGAAAUACAAAAACAGUUUGUCAAAAAUUAGGUUAUUGACCCACAAAGGUUCAAUUAGUCGUGUAUUGACACUCGAUUUGGUUUACUCAUACAAAAAGUUGACAAUAGUUCCAAAGGAGUGCUUAUAAUAUAAUAAUGCUUUACUGAGAAUGCUCAAGAUAAACUUGAAGAAUAUUUAGAUGUUUGCAGUAACUGUGAUCCCAGGAAUAGGGACUUUUUUAACUAGAACUCAGUGAUUAAUGCAACUGGGAAAAGAAGUUACGCUAGACCGGGAGUAGUCAAUCGAUAAAACUUGGUAUCGAUAAAAAUCGAUGGUAAUCAAGUGAUUUUUAUCGAUUGAUAACGGAAAUCGGUUAAAAUCGAUAAACUAAAUUGCUGUGUCAAAUUGAUAUUAUUGAUAUUUCAUGAUUUUAACAAUUUAUAACAGUACUUCCAACAUUGUUGUUUUCUGGCAUAAGUGCAGCUGAGAAAACUCAUCCACGGUAACAACUGAUCAACAAACAUGGAAAUAAGAAAUGUGGAAACUAUUACAGACACAAGGGUCUCUCUAAAACCGUGACCCUUUUGUACAUAAUAACAGGAACGGUUCGGUUUUAUAAUUAUUACAUCAAAGGGAUGCCCAAAAUUCAGACUAAAAGAUUUCUCUGGAUAGCUUUUCACCGUUUUCCGUUAUCAAUCGAUAAAAUCACUUGAUCGCUAACGAUUUUUAUCGAUUUAGUUUUUUAACUAUUGGCUACUCCAGGAAGUAACUACACGCGGAACUGAGGUUAUUUUGAAUGGGCGGCAGAUCUACAUUUUGAAAAACUGGGAAAAAUAAAAAACCUGGCUAAUAUCGGCCAUCUGAAGAAGACUUUAAAGCAGGUUUUAAAGAAAAGAUAAGGUUUUUUAAAACUUUUUUUAAAAGACUUGUGAUAAUAAAUUGUUUGAUCCUUCGACUCUCAAUUUUUGCAACUCAAUUGUCAACAAAUUCACUGUUUGCGUGAAAUCAGUUUUCAUUUUUGGAUGAGCAGAAGAACAGAUGUAUCUUCCGAUAAAAAGCGAUGGAAUUGGUAAAAUCUAGAUAAAUCGAUAAACUAAAUGAGUGUGUCACAGAUUUCUACCAAUUGAGCGAUACAAUCAAUGUCAAUCAAAUCAGAUUUACCAAUCUUUAUUGAUUUAUCGAUUGAUAAAUUGAUACCUAUUUUUAUCGAUUGACUACUCCGGAUGUUGAGCAAACUUGUGAAGUUCAGUCGCGCAAAAGUUGACAACUACAUCUCAAAGUUUGCAAUUGAUUUCCUAUAAACUCGCUACAUAAUUUGGCUACCUCAUGAUGUGGUACCCAAUUUCCAAAUGAACUUCGUAAUGUGGCGUGGUAAAUAGUGUGAAAUCAACUGUCACAGAAUGAUACUAAAAUUGUAGCCCCUUUAAGUCUUCAUCUCGGUGGACAGCAAUACCAGCAGUGAAGUUAAACUGGUAAAACUUCUUCUAUUAUUCUGUAUUAUGCUGCAGUUCUAUGCAAGCAUCAUAUUGACCAGUGGGGAUGGGGUACUCCUUAUAAAUUAUGUUCUCUCAAAUGAAAUCCAAACAAUGUUCCCACAACUUGCAAAGCAACCAGGAGAUUUGUUUACUGAUCAUCCCUUAUAUAACCAAAGAUCUGUGGUUUUGAGGAAAAAAAAAACUAAAAAAGGGAAAUUGAAGGUCGGACAUUAUUUCUCUUUAUUAUAGUUUGGUUACUCUCAAGUGUAUUGAUUUUACAUGUAACUGUAUAUCACUUUUCAGACAUUUCCUGUUAAACAGUUUCCUCUGUAGAGUUUGAAAUAUGCAACACAUUACUAAUAAUAGCCACCAAAGAGUUGAGCUGGAGUAGUGUUUUGUGGCAAACAUAACAUUGAAUUUAAGGUGGCUAAACACAGUUUUAUGGGCAGUCAGCAGUAACUCGGCGUGACGGCGCAUGUUUUAAAUUAGACAAACCAACAAGGCAGCGAAAAAAAACAAUGGUACACAGAAGAUGAUUUCUCAAAAUCUACUCAUUAAAAUUCUAAGAUGUUUGGCAGAAUUUUUACUUUUAUCGUAUUUUAAGUUAUUCAGAUAUGCAAGCUCCUAUUUACAUAAGCUCUGUAGAAUAGACUUAGUUUGACUAAAUUUGACACUUUCUCCAGUAAUUUUUCAAUCAGCAUCGUAACUUAAGUAACGUGAUAUCCUCACUCAUAGCUCAGUGUGCAUUGUUGUCGGUUAAGAUGUUAUAUGGUUGCAGUGACUGUCACUUGUUUUUUAGUUUCCCUCGCAGCUUCAAUACCAAGGUACAAAUACAAGUGAGAAAAACAAAAGGCAUGAUAUUUUGUCAAUUAUUGAUUUAUUUCCUCUGUUGGUACGCCUCUCACUGCUAAAAUAUUUUAGUUUAGGAAUUACAUGUAUAUCCAGCAUAUCACAUUGAAUGUUUGGUUUUAAGUUAGAUCAAACUCUUUCACAUGAAAGAGUUUUAUGCAGCUUAGCCAUUCAACAAAACCCAACUCACCAAAAAAGUUGAGUACAUACGCAUAAUUUUCAAGUCAAUCAAACAUUGAGUUAUCAAACAAAGUGGAACCCACGUAAGGAAAAUUCGAAUGGAACAACAUUGAACCUUUAAAUUCCAAACUCUUGAUGACAUGUGUGUUAAUUAUUGAUCCAGUGUGAAAGUAGUCAAGGUGAUGAAAGGUCUUUCUCAGGUGGGGGGGAAGAGACGAGGUCUAGGACCGAGAAACGAUGUUCUCACAACUUGCAAAGCGGUCACCCAGCGUGGUGGUCAAUGGAUAAUUACGGUAUUUUUCCCACAGUAAAUAUUUUAGAAGCAAGAAUUGAAGCGAACCGGCAGAGGAAAUCAGAAAUGCUUAAAAAAUUGAAAAAAAUUAUAUCCUGCAACUUUGUUUUUCUUGCAUACCAUAUUUGUCUUUCAGUACUGAAAUGCGGGGGAAACUAAAAUGCAACCGUGCUAGAUCUUAACCAACAACAACGCGCUCGUUGGAUUUAUUUAUAGGUUACAUCAUUUUUGCCGGGCAAGGAUAACUUGAUGCUGAUAAAAAUUACUGGAGCAAGUGUCAAAUUCAUCGGAAGCAAGUAUAUUCAAGAAAGCUUUAUAAAUAUGAGCCUACUGUUCUACAUAUCAUAACUGAAUAAAAAAUUAACACUUCAUAACAUUUCACUUUGUUUAUUUCAAUCAGUCAACACCUUGAAUCCAAAGUUAAAAUUCAAAACGAUCGUAAAACAAAUCACAACUACUACUGAAAGCUCUGUACCUUGAAGCGACUUUAACUUUCCUAAGAUUUGCAGCAAAACACUGCUCGAUAGCUCAACUCUUCGGAGGCCUUUUCUUAGCAGCUAUACGAAGAUAGCUAUAUGUUGCAUAUUCCAAACUCUUCAAAGGGAAAUUGUUUUACAGAAAAAAGAAAACCACAUAAAAUCAAUAAAUUUGCAAAUUACCAAAAUAUAAUAGUGAGAAACAGUCCCGCCUUCGACUGCCAUGCUUUUGUUUUUUUCUCAAGACUGUUGAUCUAUAGUUUUUGACGUAAUGCGCAUGAUCAGUACACAAAUCCGCUGGCAAGUCCCUUGCUGAUCACUUUGCAAGUUGUGAGAACAUUGUUUGGAUUUCAUUUAAGAGAAUGUAUGGGAAGUAGCUUUCCACCCCCCCCCCCCGGUCUUGCUUCUUUUAAUAUUUCAAUCCAUUUCAGAGUUAAUUCUAAAAUAUAUAUUCUCUGCGAAAAUGUCAGUACAUUUGUUUCCCAAGGAAAAGGUCUUUAAAUCUGCAAGUUGAAAUCAUCUCGAUUUUACUCUUUGCUCCUCAAUUGGCCUGAAUAGUAAGCAUUUUCCUUCUGAAUCUAGCGCUUGUCAGAUUUCCCUGGCUUUUUGCUUUCCCAGGGUGACUCAGUUUUUACAUUUGAUUUUUUUUUUUUCAAUAUAAUUUGGUGUGUUUUGAUUUUGUUCAGGCAUCAAGCUCAAAAAAGCUGUGUUUGAUAUUGUUUGAUAGCUUGUAUUCAGAAACGUUUGAUGGGAAUUUUGUAUUGUGUAAUACAUAGUACACCGAGGGAGGGGGUGGUUAUAAAAUGUACAUGACUGCAAUUCCCUGCUGCCCACCAGGGUGAUUGCUUUACAAGUUGUGAGAACAUCAUUUCUUGGUUCCACACCUAGUUACUUUCCCCUGCCUCUCCUGGUAUUGACCCUGUUCAUGUAGAUGAUAAUGUGCCACCUGCAAGAGGUUAAACUUUCUCUUUAGUGCCCUGGAAAAAUAGGCUUUUUGUUACUGGUAUCGGGAAUUAUGCAUCAGUCAAUUCCCCGGGCGUGGGGACUCUUGAGCUGUCAAAUCCCGGGUGGGGACAAAAAAGAGGGCAAAUGCCCACUCCGCUGUCAACACUGCAACAUUUUUCAUUGAUCGCAUGGUCGAAUAAUCUUGUUUUAAGCAUUUUAAUGUGUGAUUUUUCGUUUCAAUUAACGUCUUCCUUUGUAAUAGCGCUAGGAUUCUAAUGAAGACUUCACUCCACGAUGACAUGCACCAGUUUAGGGUUUCAGUAUUAAUAUAAAAUUAUUGACAUUAAAAUUAAUAGAACGCUGUAACGUUAUAUGUUACGAAUAGUAAUAUGAAAGGAUGUUCUUGAAGUAAUAUCAACAGAAAUUUGAUUCAAUAACCAAAACACAUUGAUUCACAUCGAUAGCUCCGGUUUUCUCUAUGUAAUUCUGGCUUGAUAUGCAAUGAAGAAAUGCAUGCAUAAAAUCGAGAACAUAACUUUACAACCCUCUUCAUUUUAUUCCUGGGGUGGGGCUUGGCUCAGCUGGAAUUGACUGAUGCAUUACAGACAGCCUCUGUUUGCAUUAAACCCUUGGUCCACAGUCUUAUUGUGCAGGGAACAUAAUAUCCUGACUAUAUUACUAUGAAACGCAACUGUAUACAUGUACAUUUGUGGUUAUAUAUUAUUCAUUUACUACGUGUAGUUUUCUUACUGCAAAAAGGUUUUUCCUCCCCCUGAUUGCCUGGGGAAUAGCCUCUGUCAAAUUUUGCUUAAAAGCACUUUGUUUUGUUUUUCAUCCAACAGUCAGAUCACCUUGGUAUGCAAUUUUGGUGCAGAAGGUUCUCUCAAAGCAAGCAAGAUCAUGGAACUUAAUUGGCCUCACAAAACAGAGCUUGGCCAAUAUCCAGCCGUCGAGCACUAAGUAAUGACUUGAGAAUAGAAGUGACUUAAAACACCAGUAUCCUCGUGACAUACACAGCGUGCAAAGAAAGCAGUGUCCAAUAGCCCAGGGCUAGUGGAUUUUGCUAUAGGGCUAGUGAAUUCUGUUCUUAACUUGCCAGAUGGGCAAGUGAUGUUUUUGAGAAAUUUGAAUAACAGAAGAACUGUGAAAUAAGUUCUGCUCAUCAAGCAGAUGGCAAGCUGUAAAAAUGAUUUUCUUUGUACUCUGCAUACAUGUAGUCCCUUAAAACAAUUUGAAAAACUGUCAAGGUCUUGAAAUAAUAAUUAUUACCUUCAUCAAUGUUUGAUAGUAAAACAGAGUUUAUGUUCAAGUUUAUAAGAUUCAUUUAAAAGUAUCCGUUGAUUUUGUGAGAGGUGUAAAAAGGUAUACAUGAAACACAUAAAAAUUUUAGCAGACUUGAAUUUUGUAACACUGAAGCCAUACUUUUUGGUUGGUGUAUUUUUGCAUUUGAAUCUUUGCACUGGUCAUAGAGAAUUGUAAGUAGUUUAGAACACCAUGUCAGAAGAUUAAGAAUAUUUCCUGACACAAUAUAAUAAUUUUAUUGUUAUCCUGAAUGGUUUAAGGCUAGGAUUCAUUUGAAAUAAGAAAGUGGAAAAUGAUCAAACAGGAACUGAUGAUUUGACAAUGACCAUGAAAUUGAUGAUCACGUUGUUGAUAAAACGUCAGUCGCUGUCAACAACAGUCCUACUCAGGACAUUCACCAGACAAAUCAUAUUCCACUUUGCUGAAAUAUUAUAGGCUGUAAAACUAUCACUAGCCAUAAGCUGCACUUGAAUUCAAGACUACAUUAGUGUCUGUUAAAUUUGUUAGUAUGUUGAAAAAAGGCUAGGUUUUCAAUUUGUGAAGUAUACAAUUAAUUUACCUCAAAAACAGUACUUGUAUUAUGUCAAAGUUUAGCCAUUCAUUUUUGUUGAUCUAAUUUGUGCAUUUGAAUCUUUGCACUUAUUUUAUACCCUCUAAGCACGCUACAACUGUGUUCACUUUGCAACUUCUGCGUAUGAGAUAGGACCAUAAAUAAGCAUUGUUUGAUACGAGUCUAUGUGCAGGAAAUGAAUAAAAUUUUAAAUGCAACACAGAUGGAUUUCAGGUUUAUGGUGGUAUAUAUUUGUCUGACUUAUAUAAUAGGUUAAUUUCAUGUAAGAAUAAAGAAAAAUUGCCAUUGGAAAACCUGGUUUCGGCAAAUAUGAAACUUUUGGACGUAUUUACGUAGUAACGGAAACAGACGGAAACACAGAAAAACAAGUCAGGUUGCCGGACCGUAUCUUCACGUUUCCGCCAGUAGAACGAACGAACGAAAUAACAGGUUUCCGGUACGGAAUAUCGCGUUUCCGCAACAUAGGCACACGUUAACGAUUGCGGAAAUACGUGAUUCCUGAAACGGAAAUCUGUCGGAAACAUGUAAAAAAGUGUUCCGGUUCCGUUGAAAACGCAGCGACGGAAACAUGAGAAACCGUAAUGUAUCCGCUAACGGAAACACGCGUUUGCCGCUGUGUUUCCGCAACGGAGUCACGUGUUUCCACCAUGUUUAAGUUUACGGAUACUUGAUUUUUCGUCCUGUGGAUGUUUCACUUGAAUGGUCACACAGCAUGAUUUCAUACACAGACUUAAUAGUUCGAAUCUGUUUAUACAGCGUCACUUGAAUGGUCAUAUGACAGAGUUUCACCCACGUUGUCCUAAUCGAUUUUAAAAGGGAAAUCUUUAACUAAAUGUAACCUUCACGUUUUGUCGUUUUUAGAAAGCGCUUUGAGGUCAGAGGGCAAAACGCCUUUCUCCGGACUCACAACUCGCCAGGUAACGCGUAUACAACAAGGAUAUUUAAAGUAAUUUAACAAACUUAAGCAAGGGUGUCCUGUUGAGUUUAAGAGACGAGAUACAGCCGGGUUUUUUUAGACUUGUUAAAACAGGCCAAACAUCUUUAUUUCAGCAGACUUAGUGUUUGCAUGUCAAAGAAAACUCCUUUACGUGUUUGGUGCACUACGUGAAAUUAUUUGUCGAAAGUUACGGCAUUGUCGUUGAAAAUUUGUCCUUCUUUAGUUUCAGUGUAUGGCAUCCUUGACUCGUCAAGCUGCCGUCAUUUCAGGAAUAUUCGCCAACAAAGCCGUCCAGCAGCAUUGUCUUCGACUGCUUUCAGGUACUACUUAUAAACGAACAAUAAGUUUUCACAAGUCAGCUCAAAUUUAUAUCCUGAUUUACUCUUUGGUGAUUUACUCCUCAAGUAAGAACUUUAUUUUCAUACCAAGGAAUACUGUAUCGAUUUUAUGUCGUAUUGCACUGUGGAACUGUUUUAGGGAACGAAUACUCGCAACGCGCAACUUUCUAAUAACCAAUAAAAGAAGCGAUAACGUCCCAAAACAAUGCCAUGAUGCAGUUCGACACAAAGCUUACCCAGUCUCACUCGCAGCCUCAAAAACAGCCAAGAGAGACCUCAAUGCUAAGGAGUGCGUGCGCGUGAACCGGCGUCAUUUUGGCGGGAACCCGCCGUCGUCGUGCUACUGCGAGUUUUAGCGAGAAUGUCGUAGUCUUGAAAUUUUAAAUACAACUUAUUAAUCGAGAUUGAGAUCAUUACAGGGAAAUCUCAGACCGAAGCCAUCAAGGCCUCGGUCUGAGAUUUCCCUGUAAUGACCGCACAGACGAGGUUAACUUUAAAAAAACACGUCACCUCAGUGAGUUGUACACUUGAGCGAUGCAGUCAGGUGACACUGGUCAGCGGAUAUCCUUUUUGGCAGCUGUCAAUUGACCAUAACAUGGAUGUCCACUAUCAUGUUAAUCACAGAUUGUAUAUGCUUUGGACAACUAGCUACUAAUGCCCAGUCAUUACAAGAAAACAGCCAAUCAGAGCGCGCGCACCAUUGUAGCCGUAUAAUUUUCACUGUUUAUUUUUUGGUCCCAGUCGUCACCCCUGACGCGGUUCCAGGUGCUACCGGCCCCUCCCUCCUGGAGUUGGACUUGUUCAGCAUGAUGGUGAGUGACGUCACGUUGAAAGGUUUUAGGUUUUUGUGUGACGCCUUUUAAAAGUUCGAGCUUUGAGUUUCGUGUUGUUGUUCUAUUCAGUUUUGCUACUUGUCCAAGUCUAGCGUUAGAUCGUAAAUUUUUGUCAUUCAGGUUAAGCUCCGCUUGGUGCUGCCUAGUAUGUUAUAUCAGGAGUCUGUUGACGGCAGUUCCACUCCUGUGUUGAAGAGUAUUGUGGGACUGAAUUCGCCGGUGUCAAUUGACCAGUGUGUGUUUCAAGUUUCGCUUUUGGCGCGGGUGGUCCAAAUACUUCUAACCAGCCCUACUGAUCUUCCAAGUAAGUAGAUGACUCCUCUAAUGUCAAGAGGCCAAUGGAAAAAAAUAGAUAAAAUAAAUAGUACCAUGUGAAAGUACUGCAGAAGAGGUUUCAUUUGAAUGGUUACACCAUAGGAUUUCAUCCACAAACUCGAAAGUUAGAACAACGUACUAAAUAAAUAGUACCAUGAAAGUACUGCUGAAGAGGUCUCAUUUGAAUGGUUUCACCAUAGGAUUUCAUCCACAAACUCGAAAGUUAGAACAUCAUACUAAAUAAAUAGUAUCGUGCAUGUGAAAGUACUGCUGAAGAGGUUUCAUUUGAAUUGUUUCACCAUAGGAUUUCAUCCACAAACUCGAAAGUUAGAACAGCAUACUAAAUGAAUAGUACCAUGCAUGUGAAAGUACUGCUGAAGAGGUUUCAUUUGAAUGGUUUCACCAUAGGAUUUCAUCCACAAACUCGAAAGUUAGAACAACAUACUGAAUAAAUAGUACCAUGUGAAAGUACUGCUGAAGAGGUUUCACUUGAAUAGUGACACCAUAGGAUUUCGUUCACAGAUUUAAAAGUUGAAGUGAAAAUAAUGUCGCCUUAAUAUAGUCUACGAAUGAGACGAUUUAAAAGUGCAUACGUUGUUUUAUAAAAAUUGGCAAUCUUGUACAGUUGGGUUGCACACCAAAAGCGCUCACUUCUUCGUUUUUUUAUAUUGUUACUAGUAAUUAGUUAUUACUUCCCUUGCAACCAUUCUGAGAAUAAAAAUUGGACUAAACUAUAUACCAUUUCAUAGGAUCAAUGUUACAAGAUUGUUACUGUUUUGUUGAAUGUUUCUCGACGAAACGAUGACUCGUGCUUAGUCCGAGUGAAAAAAAGCAGAAUAGCCCAAAAGAGUCUUUGAGAAAUUUGGCCAAAAGGCUUCCACAAUUAGCCCUCCCCUAAAACUGACGACACUAUUCUGCAUCUGAUAGGUGAUGAAACUGAAAAUGAACCGAUGGAUCAGGACAACCCUCCCCAUGAGGACGAGGCUGUCAAUCUAGCUGCUCUGUGGGGAAAACUUAGGCACUGGGCAGGGUAAGUGUUGAUUGAACAUUAUUGCAACUUUGGAUCUUAAUGCAGUUACCGUCAUUGCAAAAGAAGUAAAGGAACCAAACAAUAGAGUUCUCCUGGGGGCUUUAUCGUAGGGAUGUAUUGUUUCUAUCGUUAAACGUGAUCUGUGCCUCGGUACCUACGGAAGACCCGCAACUUUUGCCGUAGAUGUCACACCGACUAUAUACAUUCUACAUACAUUCUUUGGGCUUCUUUGUAAAUUGGAUAUCAAAACGUUAAGUCCAUAAUAGGCAAUUAUAACUCAGGUUUAGGUUGACGCCAUAAAGCAGGUUUCUCUCUUUUUUAGUUCCCAGUCCUCUACGCCUCAUCCCAUGCCACUGGCGCUUCUUAAUCACGUGAGAGCACACUUGGUACCAUUCCUACGCUGUUCAGCUCUGUUCUUUCAUUUUCUGACUGAGAUUCCUGUGCCAACGUCUUUGCAAGGUGAGUAAGCCCUUCAUAGUUUGUUUGGAUUUUUGUUUCGUUUUGUUGUUGUUGUUGUUGUUGUUGUUGUUGUUGUCAAUACAGAAGCAGCUUGUUCAAUUUUUGUUGUGGAUAUUGAUGAUAAAGGUAGUAUUUACUGCUUGCCUCGAUGUGGUAGUUUAAAGUGGUUGAUGUAGUUUGCUCGUUAGCAGUGUUAAAAGCGUUAAAAACUCAUUGAGGUUAGUCACUAUGACAAUUUUUAAGUUAAUUCAGCUGUAAUACUAUUUUACUUUGAGCAACAACAGGGUCCAUUAAGAAACGGUCAAAAGCGUAACACAUAACGUGUAACUUGUUUUGCAACAUUGGUGCAAAACGAGUUGAAUAGUGAUGUUGCACGUUUUACCACCCACGAAUCAAACCCGCUGUGUUGCAACAAAUAAGCUUGCAAGGUUUUGUUUUCGUGGGUGGUAAAACGCGCAACACCGCUAUUCAACUCGCUUUGCAGCAAUGUUGCACAUCAAGUUGAACGUUUUUUGUUACCUGUAUUACCGUACUUUUAGGUUAUUACUGAGUUUACGCAAAAAGAAGUCAGAAAGAGGAGGACGGCUAUUACGUGCAUGUCCUGUCGUGAUCUUCGCUAAAUAUCAAUGUUUUUGUGGUCUUUUACAAAAAGAUCUGUUUAAAGAAAGAUGAGGUUUGAGGCAAUUUGUUUUUCAAACAAAAUUGUCACGCUUGUCACACAAGUUUUGCCGUCUUAUUACUCUGCCGUCCUAUUGGGUAAGUUCACUAUUUUCUAACCCUUGUCAAUGCAAAAUCUCUCUUUCCCAGGCCCCAUCCAAGCAUCCAGGUCAGAGGAGCUGGAGAGUCUGUGCCGAUACCUUUCCGUGCCCACAAACAUAACUAGUUUAUUGCAGUGGAGUCAAGAUAGUGGUUCAAUCACUUCAUCGACUAUCUCCACGGUUGUUAAGAGGUUAGCUUCCCUGCAAAAUAUGAGAAUUGGUAUAAAGUACGAUGUAUAUUGCUUUCAAGGAUUUAUGGUCUCGUCAUCACUCGGCGACGUUACGUUUAUAGAGCACAGAUAUGUAAUUGGUCUUUUUUUUUUGUCAUAUUAGAUGGUGCAGUCAUGAACAUGUUAGGAAAACUUUGGCAACUGCAGGAGUGGAAUCACUCGGGUGAGUUUAGAUUACAGAAACCAAACAGAAGAUUGUAAAUAUCCUGUCACUUCUCUGACUGUCGUCUUUGUUUGUAGGUAUUCUAUUAAAUCAAAUCAUUUGCUGAAGAUUCCCUUGGACUACAGCGAGCUUAUCAACAAAGCGUCGAUGUUUACGUAAGUUCAUUUAGUCAGUGAUUUAAUUGAAUUGCGCUCGUUUUUUUCCCUUCAGUUUACACGAAAAAACUGAUGCUAUUGCGCGUAAACUUGAACUGAUAUAGAAAUUUAAACGCUUUUUCAGUAGAGGACUGAAGAAGUUUGUGUACUUGAUCAUGACUGAGUGUUAGUGUGAAUUGUAAGAGCCGCGUAUCAAAGUAUCCGCGGAUAUGGUCAACAGCCUUUGAGUAUAAUCAGAGGCUAAGUUAAGUUCUUUUAGGAGGAUAAAAUUCUUAAAGCGCACGAAAUGCCUUAUGGUCAUCAAUCUAUACAUAAUUAAUCUGCAAAAGGCGCAAAAUCGAGCAAUUGUCGUUCUUGUUUAGAUGCCCAAAUUCAGAUGGCGACGACAGUCGUGCGCCUGCACUCUGUUUGAUCUGCGGCGAGAUGCUGUGUUCUCAAAGCUAUUGUUGCCAAACGGACCUGGGAGGUUACAAAGUGGGUGCUUGUGCUGCACAUGCGCAGAAGUGUGGUGCAGGAGUGGGCGUGUUUCUACGCGUGCGUGAAUGUCAGAUUUUGUUGAUGGCCAAUAAGAACAAAGGAUGUUUUUACUUACCUCCUUAUCUGGAUGCGUACGGCGAGACAGAUCAGGGAUUGAGGUAACGUAGCGUAUCUUUUUAGCGCGCAGUCACUGAAUAUUUUGACGCAACAAGGGGGAAAGAAAAUCAAUUUUCAACGAAAACCCUGUACAUCUUGUAGAAGGAGAAAGCUAGGUGCAAAAGGAAAUGAUCUCGCAAGCAUUUAGAAAGAGUACGUGCACGGAAACAUAAUUUUGACAGAAAUGUCCGUUACCGAAUAGAGUGAAUUGAGUUGAUAGCUUAACGCCAUAAAUUUCUUGAUCAACCUGCAUGAUUCCAUCGAGAUAUUUUUUCUAGUAGUCUUCAGGACCUGUGGCAAGCAGAAUUUAUCACAUUAUGUAGGGCGAAUUCUAGCUAGAAAGUAUCUCGGUGCAGAGCCAUGAUAAAUUCAUGUUCUCGGUCGGUCACCACUUAAGAUCGAGCCUUGACAUGACACUUUCUGUGCCCUUUUUUCCUAUCUGUUGUCUCUCUCAGAUUGUUAUCUUCCCUUGUGAUAAUGACUUGUUCAUUUAAAUUCAUUCAGCACUUGACAAAGUGCGGUAACCAGGGUUUUUUAAAUCGGAGCGUACUUUGGAUUCAACAAAGGGAUAAACAUUAUUUUCGUCCUUUUCAACUGGAUUCUCUUUAUUUGUGGUGUUUGUUUUUAGGCGCGGCAAUCCUCUGUACCUCUGUCCCAGUCGCUAUCAAAAGCUGGAGAAACUGUGGCUGACUCACUCCGUGGCAGAGGAGGUGGCUCAUUGCCUGGAGUCGAACAGAAACUUGCUCUCAAUCGACUGGACAAAUCUUUAA